GGCAGAAUUUUUUUUUCAUCUCUUUUAACUCGCUGAAAAGACAGCACUUGAAAAUUAUGUCACGGUGUAGGAGAGGGACAAUGAAAAUUAUUAUUUGAGGUUUUGGGAGAAUUAUUGGGUGGGGGGAUUAUUCUACAACAAUUAUUGCAUUGAUUUGGAGUAGAUAAUUUUAAAAUUUUUUUUGAAUUUUAUUGCUUCGAGGACUUGAUAUUUGUGGUUAAUUUUUAAAUUUUGUUUUUAAAUUAAAUAACAAAAAAAUUUAAAUAUUUUUUAAUCGAAUAAAUUUUUAAAAAUUAUUUUUUUGUUUUGAAUUUUGUAUUUUAUAAAAAUAUAUAAAAUAUAUUUUUAAUAUUUUUUAAAAUUAAUUUUACACAUUUUUUAAUGCUUUUAAGCUUGAAUAAUUAUUUCAAAAAUUGGAUUUAACCUAAUUAUGGAUCAACAAAAAUUUUAUAUUUGCAACACCAACGGCGACGACGACAGUGGAGAUGGAAGUGAGCUUAAACCCUUGAAAAGUUUGUUUCGAGCAAUGCAAUUGGCUGGGACCUCAGAAGGUGAUUUUCUUGUUUCUGCAGUAAAAGAAGGCGAGGCAAAACAGUGGGAUAAACCGUCGAAAUCUGCAUUGAAAAAAGCUACCGGUCGAUUUGAUGAAGAGCGAAGAAAACGUGAGAAAAAGUUGGCGGCUGUGGAAAAGGAAGCUUCGCAAAUUGUGGAUGAAAAGAAGCGUUUGGAAGAUGCGAAGAAAAUACAAAUCAAACUCGAUUCGUCACUUCCUGCUCCAAGUAAAGUGAAGAUACGUGAUUGUUCUACAAUGUGUGGACAAAGAGUUCAAAUUUUUGGCUUUGUACAUCGCUGUCGACAACAAAGAAAGGACUUGAUUUUUGUUGUUCUUCGAGACGGGACUGGCUUUUUGCAAUGUGUUUUGAGUGGAUUACUUUGCCAAACUUAUGAAGCUUUAACAUUGAGCACGGAAAGCUCUAUUUGUAUAUACGGAACGACGGCCCCUGGUGGUGUAGAGCUCGUCGCUGAUUUUUGGACUUUAAUUCAUGGAGCGCCGCCCGGUGGGAUUGACAAUGUGUUAAACGUCGAGGCAAAUCCUGAUGUUAAACUGGACAAUCGUCAUUUGUGCAUUAGAGGAGAAAAUUGUUCAGCAAUUCUUCGAAUACGAGCGGCCGUAACGCGUGCAGUUAGAGAACAUUUUCAUUCGCGUAAAUAUGUCGAAGUAUGCCCUCCAACUCUUGUUCAAACGCAGGUUGAGGGAGGCUCUACACUUUUUUCCUUAGACUUCUUUGGUGAACCAGCUUAUUUAACCCAGUCAUCGCAGCUUUAUCUGGAAACAUGCAUUUCUUCUUUGGGCGAUUGUUAUUGUAUAGCGCAGUCUUAUAGAGCGGAAAAAUCUCGAACGAGGCGUCAUUUGGCUGAAUACUCUCAUGUUGAGGCAGAAUGCCCAUUUAUUACUUUUGAAGAAUUAAUGAAUAAAAUUGAGGAUCUUGUUUCUGAUGUUGUUGACAGGGUUUUUAGCGAUCCUGAAAUUUCUGAAUUGAUAUUGCAACGAUGGGAAACGUCAAAGGAAAAAUUUCCUUCAUUAAAACGUCCCUUUCUUCGAAUGACUUAUGCUGAUGCAAUUGAAUGGCUGCGCAAAAAUAAUGUAAAUAACGAAGAAGGGAAGCCGUUUGAGUUUGGAGAAGACAUUCCAGAGGGUCCUGAACGACAAAUGACUGAUACAAUUGGCCAGCCAAUAUUGCUGAAUCGUUUCCCAGCUGGGAUUAAAGCCUUUUACAUUUCUCGUUGUGAAGAUGAAGAAGAAAAAAAGGAUUUGACAGAAUCUGUAGAUUUAUUAAUGCCUGGAGUUGGGGAAGUUGUUGGCGGUUCAAUGAGGAUUUGGAAAGAGGAAGAACUUUUAGAAGCUUUUAAAAGAACUAAUAUUGACCCUAAACACUAUUAUUGGUAUGUAGACCAGAGAAAGUAUGGAGGGUGUCCACAUGGAGGUUAUGGACUUGGAUUGGAACGGUUUGUUUGCUGGUUAGCUAAUCAACACCAUAUAAGAGAUGUUUGUUUAUAUCCACGUUUUAUUGGACGAUGUGCCCCGUAA